CAAGAAAACCUCUCGGAAACUAUGGAGAAAAGUUCCAGCAAUUCAUCAGAUGUUCUUGUUCCUGUGCUUAAACAACCGCUGUAUAUGAUUAUCAUUUACUCUUCAGCCUAUGCCGUGGUUUUCUUGACAUCAGUGAUUGGGAAUACAAUGGUGACUUCGGUUGUUAUUAAGAAAAGGAGCAUGCAUUCUGUCACGAACUAUUUCUUGGUGAAUUUGGCAGUAGCCGAUAUUCUUGUCACCGUGUUCUGUGUGCCUGUCAAUCUGAUGAUUAAUCUUUAUAACGGAUGGCAACUGGGUGCCUUCAUGUGCAAACUGACGCCCUAUCUCCAAGGUGUUGCUGUGUGUGCGUCCGUUAAUACCCUUGCAGCAAUUGCAUUAGACAGGUACUUCGCCAUCUGCCACACCCUUGUGUUAAAAAUCGAUACUCGCAAGUCUCGUCUUAUCCUGCUUGGAAUUUGGGUGACAGCUUUUGCCAUAAUGGUUCCUUGGCUUGUCUUCUAUAAGGAAGUGGAGUAUAUCAACAGCAAACAGGUUCUGUACUUCUGUAUUGAAGAGUGGCCACGCUUCACCAUCCAACAAGCUUACUACAUGGGUGUCAUAUUCUUCUGUUGCUACACGAUACCAUUGGCUAUGAUCGUUGUAUGCUAUGUUCUUAUUGGAAUUAAAGUUUGGCGACGCGGUACACUGGGGGAAAGAAACAGUAGUACAGGCGUUAUACAGAGAUCAAAGGUCAAGGUCAUAAAGAUGUUGGCUGUUGUUUGCAUUCUGUUUGCAUUUUCAUGGCUGCCAUUGUAUGGCUUAAAAUUCUGGCGAAUGAUCCAACCUGAAGUUGACGUCAAUUCACAGAAAAUUGUCAGCGAUAUUAUAUUCCCUGUUGCUCAAUGGCUGGGGUCAUCGAAUUGCUGCGUUAACCCGUUGAUAUAUUGCUUUUUCAGCCGUAAGUUCAGGAAAGGAUUCAAGGAUCUGUUAACAUGUUGCGAUGGAAAAGUUAAGUAUGUUUCGGGUUCUCCGGAGACAAGGCAAACAGUGAAUAGUCGAUGGACCUCACGAAGCAGCCACUGUCAGUGUCGAGUGUAGUUUUUGACACUCUGAGAAAACUGACAAACGUAUUAUUGCUUGAAACGCGGUGGCUGCUGUGUGCAUAUUUUGUGAUCUGUCAUUGAGAACAAACAUGAAUCUUGACCAAAUACCCAUAUCAUUUAAACUAGCAGGAACCAUCACUGCGACAACUUCAUAUAUACAGUUGUAUGGGACAUAGUAACGAUUAUUCGAAAAUAAUAAUGACAUAUGUGUAACAUUCCAUACAAAAUCACGAAGAUAAUUAUAACGGCAUUGCCCAAACCUUGUUUAACUUGUCAAUUUUGCAGGUAUAGUGUUAGAACAAGACGAAGACCAGAUUCUCUUCCUGCUGAAUUAUGUUGAACAGGCAUGGUAUCCAGGUGCCUGAAUGAAUUUUAUUAGAUAUAUGUAUAUUAUAAUAUCAUUAUUUCGUAUGUUCUCUUAAAAACACAAUAGUAAUAGCCAGUUUACUAGCUAAUCUUCAAAUGUGACUCAGGCUGAUUCAUCAAAGAUAUAUCUCCCCAUUCCUUUGCCCAAAUCAACCAUUGCUAUUCUGCGCAUGAAGAGCGGUGUAACUUGUAUUUGAAGAACAGAUAAUUGUAAAGGUUCUUCCUUGUUUUUCAUGUAGUUCAAUAUUCUGCGAUUGUAUUUCAAUGUGUAUUUGGUCUGAGGUAUAUUUUGCAUUCAUUUCCUUCUGUUUAUUUUAUAGAUGUACAAACUGUCUAAGGUGUACCAAAGCAGGGUGAGAAAAGCUCUUAACCUUUUCCAUUCAUUGUGUUCUCUUCAACAUGUAUUAUGAGUUUACUUACCGACUGACUCUACUGAAUGCCACUGUGUCCUGGAAACUGCUUACUUUGAAGCAUACAGUGACUAGAAAUGAUACGCUUUCCUGCGUUUUAGAUGCAAAGCUUAGCAAACAAUGAGACCAUCUAUUUCACGUUUCAUGAAAGAACUAUGCUAAUGAUUAUGAGUAUUAUAUGUCUCGUUUCACACAAUCCCGUACAUCACUUAAAGUUCACUUGCCACAUGAACAGGUGUAAUUAUUGUCAGACUAUAAGACAAAUAAAUGCUAAAGAUUC